AAGCGAGUAAAAGCAUAAAUCCAAACAACAAACAACAUCAAUCCAAUUCAUUUCUCCUCUCUCCCACUCGGUGCUUACAAAAUUCAAAAAUCCAUUUCGUCUCCUUCCCUCUCAAGAAAAUCGAAGAACCCUGACCUGAGUCUUUUUCCAAAAUGCCUGGCAGGGAAGAAGAAACCCCAGAUCGAAACGAGUUGAAAGUCCCAGUCUUCACCGUCCUCAAGAACGGCGCAACUCUCAAGAACAUCUUCAUUGUCAACAAUGUUGCAGAUCGAGAGAAAGAGGAGGUAAUAACCCUCGGACGACACCCGGAUUGCAACAUAAUGCUCACACAUCCAAGCAUUAGCAGAUUCCAUCUCCAAAUCCAUUCAAACCCCUCUUCCCAGAAGAUUUUUGUUGUGGAUUUAUCGUCAGUGCACGGAACAUGGGUUUCAGGGAAGAGGAUUGAAACUGGGGAUGAAGUGGAGAUGAAGGAAGGAGAUACUCUGAGGGUUGGUGGUUCGAGCAGAGUUUAUAGGCUUCAUUGGGUUCCUUUGAGCUGCGCUUAUGACUUUGAAGGUCCUAAAGAAAUGAAGGAACAUGAAGUAGCAAUUGUAGAGGAGAAGGAUGUGAAGGAUUGCGAGAAGGAGAUUUCAUUGUUGGAUGAAAAUAAAGAAAGGGCGGUGGAUUCAGUUUUUGAUAGUAUUGAGCCACUAUAUCCUGAUGAGAAUUGGAACACGGAGAUGAUGAAAGAGGUUCCUUUAGCACCUCCAUUGAGUGAAGUUAAAGAAAUGGCUGUGCCUUUAGUCAACCGUGUCGAAAGUGUGAGUGAUUUGAGAAUUGAAUGUGAACAAGUGGAAACUAGUUUGUUAAGCAAACCUUUUGGAAAUGAAUUAAAAGGGUUGGAAAUGAGUUUACAACCCCCUUCUCUGCCUCUUUCAGCAGAGAAUCUGUCUUUCAAUGUUGAAAACAUUAUCAUGUCUUCAUUCUUUGGGAAUGACAACAAGAUUUCCUCGAGUAGUAUGUUUGAAUGGAAUGAUACUAGUGGAAUCUGGAACAUACCAAUGGAAAAUAUAUCAAGCAAUUCUCUGUAUGGAAGGCAACUGUGCCACAGUAAAACUGAGAGCCCUCAACAACCUUCUCUGCAUCUUUCAGCUGAGAAUCUGUCUUUCAAUGUUGAAAACAUCAUCAUGUCUUCAUUCUUUGACGGUGAAAGCAAGAGUUCGUCUUGUAAUAUGCCAGCAUUGGAAAAUAAAUCAAACAUCUUAUCUGUGGUUGAUGAUACUGAAGCUACUCCAGACUAUGCAACAUUCAACAUUCUGUGUCAGCAGGUAACCGAAAGUUUUCUGGAUUGCCUAUUGGAACCCAAAAAUGAUAGUCCUGUGAAGUCCACGUCCGAGGUAACAUCAAACUCGCCAAUGACACAUAAUGUUGAAUGUUGCGUUGAAGAAACAUAUAAUGGAAGACUCGAAAUGCUUGAACCAAGCAAAAGCAGCAUACCAGGGGAAGAUAAUGAACAUAGGGAGGAACUCUCAGAGUCCAGUUUUAUAUCUUGUGCGUUGGAAUAUGUUUACUCAUCUCUUCCAGACGAGGAAGUUCCCCCAGAGAUUGCAGUCGAAAAAGAAUGCCAGACACCACAUGAGAACUUGGACUUGACCUUGCCCAUAAGAUCGGAGAGUGCAUCAGCCAUGGGAGGAAACAUUUCGUUAAGAAAAGGUAAACCAACUAGUUUUCCUCAAAUCGAGACAGGUGUGAGUCAAACAAAUCGAGCAGGGACAUUGUUAACAGAUGAAUUUAAUCAUGAGAUAGUAGGAGAUAAAUCAGGAACAAAUACUCUUGCUCAUUUGGAUGAGGAGGAGGAAGAAAUCUUCACUCCAAACAAGGAGAAUUUCACACCAAACACACUUUUGAUGAAAUCGUUGAAAGAGAAGGCUAGCAUAGAAGACAAGGAGAGUGCAUCAGCCAUGGGAGGAAACAUUUGGUUAAGAAGAGGUAAACCAACUAGUUUUCCUCGAAUCAAGACAGGUGUGAGUCGAACAAAUCAAGCAGGGACAUUGUUAACAGAUGAAUUUAAUCAUGAGAUAGUAGGAGAGAAAUCAGGAACAAAUACUCUUGCUCAUUUGGAUGAUGAGGAGGAAGAAAUCUUUACUCCAGACAAGGAGAAUUUCACACCAAACACACUUUUGAUGAAAUCGUUGAAAAAGAAGGCUAGCAUAGAAGACAGUGGGAAUUGCUUCAGGUCAUCCAAGUCCCAAACAUCAAUUUUCAAGUCUAGACAUAAAAUCAAACUAGAAGAAGAGCUAAGUGAAGAAUCAGACAAAGAGAACCGAACUCCCAGAGUUCUCCAAGAACAGAAACUGUCAAAACAAUUCUGUCAGAGGAGGCUUGAACAGGAAAACACAAUGACAAAGAAAGGAGGAGGUGGACGGGCUCCAUUUCAAUCUUUGCAGUCAAAUGUUGCCGGAAAGAAGAGACUGGAGGCUGCUUUAGUUAAGAAGUCUGCCAGAAAGAGUAAUACAUCUGUUUGCACAGGGGCCGUGAAGAAUAAAUUCACUGUGGAAGAAAAGAAGUGUUGGACUAUGGUUGUGGACACUGAUUCUCUUCUGAGUAAGGAAUCGAUGAAGUCACUACAGCUUUUACAAGGUCUCCAAGGGACACAAUUGAUCGUUCCACGCAUCGUCAUAAGGGAGCUGGACAGCUUGAGGAGACACGGAAGCCUCUUUCGAAAAAGGACAGAGGCAGCUUCAAUUCUUCAAUGGAUAGAAGAUUGUAUGGUGCAAACAAGGUGGUGGAUUCAUGUUCAGAGUUCAGAAGAAGGCGUGGCUCCUGUGACGCCUCCUGCUACUCCUCAAUCUCCAUAUACUGAGGGGAGGAGUCAGAGUUUAUUCUGGAGAACAAGCUCAAUCCAAUCAAUAAAGCAGAGAAGUUUCAUGGAAGCUCUUUCACCAACUCCAGAAGAUCAUAUCCUUGAUUGUGCACUUUACUUUAGGAGGGGAGUGAAACAUGGACAAGAACUUGUUCUUAUAAGCGACGACGUGACGCUAAAAAUAAAAUCCAUGGCUGAGGGACUAAUUUGUGAAACAGCAAAAGAGUUCAGAGAGAGCCUAGUGAAUCCAUUUUCAGAGAGGUUCUUGUGGGCCGAGAGCUCUCCAAGGGGCCUGACAUGGUCUUGCCCCGAUGAUAUUGUGUUGAGGGAACGGUACGACCGAUGCUGGUCGAGGUCAUCGAAAGGAGCAGAAGGAGCCAAGGGUCUGAAGCUUAUUUUGCUUCACAACUCCCAUUAUGGAAUGUUCAGAUAAAGAGAUCUCUAUUCUCUUUUGUAAUACCAUGUUCUAAUUGAUUCAUUUUUGGACCUUUGGAGUACUUCAAAAACGAGGGGAACCAUUUUGUAGUCCAAAAUUCAAGGAUUCAACAUCAAAAUUUAAAGCUCAAGGACUACACUAUGUUAAAAUUUAUGAACUUCAAAGUUUGGUGGUGAUUAAACUAGUAAUUUAACCGAAAAAUAUUUAAAUC